AUGUCUCUCGAAUCGGCAUCUUUCGACAACGGUAUACCGUUAGUAGGCUCGGUCGUGACCGGGACUGAAAGCGUUUACACCCCACUAUACCGCCUUCUUGAGCAGCUAGGGGCAGGGCGAAAGUCGACGUCCGCUCUCAGUCGCUGUUCGAGACACUCUGGCAAACGCGGCAGACCGUGCAUAGUCAUGGAAGAUAACGCAAACGAGGACCAUCUAUUUCCAGACAUAUGCAUCAUGGCGACAUUCGAAGGAGCACACCCCUCAGAGCUCACAUCCUUACAUCGAGACUUCAUUGUUCCUGUUUCUUCAUCUUCUUCCCCCUCCUUCUCUUCGUCAUCGUCUUCGUCAGAGAACUCCGAUACCACAGAAGAAGACGAGAUAUUCAUAUCGCCCCCUGUGGAGGGAGGUGAUGGCCACAGACAAUGGAUCGUAGCUUUCCCGUACACUGCCUCGAAUCCCGUGAAACCACGUCCCCGGGUGGCAUCUGCAGAUGGACGUGCAUCCCUUGUAUCUCCGGAAUCGCUCGAUCUCCUAUCCGAAAUUUCGGAAAGUCGCCUGAAUAUCUGGCAAAAGAAAGCACGACGAGACCCGCAGUUGAUUCGUCAAGUGCUCGGAGAAGUACAGGCUCACCAGAGAAACGAGCAAGCCAAGUUUGUCGCCAAGUCUGGAAUGAGUCUGUCGAAGCACGCCCGACAGUCGGACACAACAUUCGCCGACCUCACAAGUGAUCUGAGCGAGCUCAAGGUUCACGACGCUUCUCAUCAACGGCGCAACGUUUCACGAGUGAGCUUUUGCGAACGCCGGAUGUCGCGAACUCUUUCUCAGGCAGACAUGGACCACGACUGGCGUAUGAGGCCCGAAUCGGACGACACCUCUGCGAUGGAGUCUGAAUUGAAGAUCCAAACACUUGAGACCACGUCAAGUAGAGCAUCGAUACUGCUUUCGCCACGAAAGGGGAGCUUCCAGCACAACUCUUCGACGCCCACAGUCGCCGACAGACGAUCGAGAUUUGGGUUCAACAAAUUGUUCUCCGGGAAGAAGGUGUCGGACAAAUCGAACGUAGCCUGGAGAACAUCGAAGUAGCAGGCUGGCAUCGGUCACCAUCUUAUAUUAAUGUCUGUGCUCAUGAUAUAUAUUAUUGCUCUUCUCGCGACCGUGGCAGUAUUUACACCUAUAAAUCGUCCACAUGUUCAUGAUGAUUCUUUCUGUAAUGUUAUGCAUAUGUACCUACUCAUACGAUAAUACGAUAUAGUACACAUUCGCAUCCUACUGUCUUGUCUUGGCCUGAUAGUAGCAACUGCCUAGUACAGCUCACCAGUUCGUCUCGUACUUUGUUCCGUCUAUGGUCUCAUUGUCGCACUACCCGAUUUCUUGGCCUCGAAAUCGG